CCACACUUGCAGUUCUUUCGUGUUCCCCUCUCUUAACCAAACGAGCUCCUUCAAAGCGUUCUUGUCGGACGUUUCCGAAGAAGAUCGUCAUCCUGAGAAGCGCAAUCUCCUCCACGUUAAACGGGAGGAGGAGUCCGAGAUGCCAUGCAUUAAACAAGAGGCGGAGCUAGAGACCCCCGACAUAAAAGAAGAAGAACAAGAAAAUGAAAUCCCCAAGUUUCCAGUGGCCGUCAGUGUGAAGAGCGAAGAAGAUGAAGGUCCAAGCGAAGAGAGUGGAGCAGUGAAACAAUUGAGUGACGGCUCAUUUCAGCACCUGACAACAAAAGAAGAGGAACAAUUGCAACAGGAUGACCUAUUAGCAGCGCUCUCGGACAUCGACGACGUAACGUCACACUCUUCUGACACUGACUCAAAUGUGGAGGAUGUUGACUUUGACCAAAAUGCUUUGGAAACCUUAAUCAAGUCAACAUUGAAAAUAGACGCAAAAGAAUGUGUGGUUGGGAAACCUUUUCCCUGCACGCUUUGCGGCAAAAGAUUUUCACAGAUGUCUCAUUUAAUAACGCAUGACCGUACACACAUUGGAGAGAAGCGUUUUGCCUGCGCACUUUGUGACAAAAGAUUUUCUGAGAAGUGUCAUUUAAAAAGACACAUGCGUAUACACACUGGAGAAAAGCCUUUUGUUUGUACAUGUUGUGGUAAAAAAUUUGCAGAGAAGGGAAAUUUAAUCCAGCACACAGGCACAAACUGUGGAGAGAAGCCUUUCGCCUGCUCACUUUGCCAUAAAAGAUUUUCUCAGGAGACUAAUAAAGAAAGGCAUAUGCGCACACACACCGAAGAAAAGCCUUUUGUUUGCACAUGUUGUGGUAAAAGAUUCCCCGAAAAGAGAAAUUUAAACAAACAUGCAAGAAUACACAGUGGAGAGAAGCCUUUCGCCUGCUCACUUUGCAACAAAAGAUUUUCUCAGAAGUCUAAUAAAGAAAGGCAUAUGCAUACACACACACACACGAGAGAAAAACCUUUUGUCUGCCCAUGUUGUGGUGAAAGAUUCGCCGUGAAGGGAAAUUUAAACCAACACAUAAGCACACACGAAGUCAAGAUUUUCACCUGUUCACUUUGCGACAAAAGAUUUUCUCGGAAGUCUAAUAGAGAAAGGCAUAUGCGUACACACACUGGCGAAAAGCCUUUUCACUGCUCAGUUUGUCAUAAAAGAUUCUCUCAGAAGACAGACAAAGAAAAGCAUAUGCGUACACACACUGGAGAAAGGCCUUUUGCCUGUUCAGUUUGUCAAAAAAGAUUCUGUAGCAAGGCGGCUUUAAAGAAACACGCAAGAAAACACACCGGAUAGAAACCUUUUAGUUUCUCACAAGCAGUGAUGUCACAGAUUACUGAAAAAAGUAAUUUACUGAUUAAUGAUUGCAUGUAAAAAAAAAGUAAUGUAGUUAUUUUUUUACUGAUGACUUUAUUAUCAAAGUAACAUUUACUUUAAAAGUAACUUAUCGGUUAAUUUUUACCCAUUUUACUCCUUUUGCUUCCUGAACAUAAAAAUGACAACAGAAAAUGUCAUCGCAUGAAAUUUUUCACGGAAGGCUUAAUUUUAUAGUUAGCAGGGGUUUGAUUAGACAAUUGAGUUGAUUUCACACGAACAGUGUCAAGAUGUAUAUAUAUUAUCGGCCAAAAGUUUGGAGACACCUCAAGGGUGGAUACUUUGAAGAAUGUAGAAUAUAAAACCUGUUUUCAGUUAUUUCACUUUUUUUUGCCAAGUGCAUGAUUCAACAUGUUCCAUCAUAGUUUUGAUGUCCUCAGUGAGAAUUUACAAUAGUAGUGAAAACAAAAGCAAAAAUGAUGAGGUGUGUCCAAACUUUUGACUCUUGUUACAGAGUCAUAAAACUUGUAGCCCCCCCCCCCCAAAAAAAACAAAACAAAACUCCGCCUAUGCUUACAAACUGUAACUAUAAAAUGUACAUAAAGGCUGGUUACAAACUGUAGAAGUGCUAGCUGUCUCGUUACCUGGAGGCUUUGUUUUGAGUUUUGUCGCGUUGUGCUCUAAUUCGAAGUGGUUCCUUGAAUUGGAUGUGGAGUUUUUAGCGGUUGACAGUUUUCUUGAGCCAACGCAAAGUUAGCACCGUUCAGAGAUUUGUCACCUUUACUAAACAGAAAUGUGAAGUCAAUGCUGUAUUUCCAGUGAGCAAAUGCAGCCAUAUGUACCUCGUCAGAAUGCUAUGUUGUUGACCGCCGUGGCAGACAGCGCUCACAAAGCAUGGUAAUACACGUGCCCCCCCCCCCCCCCCCCUUUUGUACAUGACUACAGUAUUCUUCAUUCUCCAUACAUUAUUUAAUUUUCUUAUUCAGUUUCCCCUGAGUUGCUUUUGAAAAAUUUGUUGAAAUGAUUUUUCUGGUCCUGGUCUUUUUUUCUUUUUUCUUUUUUUUUUUUAUCGAAUGAAUUGGGUUUAGGUUAGGUUACUUCAUAUCAAAGAUAAUUUUCUGUUUUAUGACUUUUCUCUGACUUUGAUCUACUAUGAUUUAGCUUUUGUCUCCUCGAUUUGUUUUUUUUUU